AUGUUUUUGUGCGUCUGUGUUUCUGUAUGCGUGCCGUGCGCCCGUCCUAAUGUUUUGCCGAUUGAAAUGUUUGAAGCAAACUGCUUAUUGAGCGCACUUAGAGGCGUGUGCAAGCAGCGGAUGUUGUUCAGUGCAGCGAAAGCGAAACAUUGUUGUUUUCAACGAAUUCGGCUCAUGGACUGGGGGAAACACAUGCUGAAAGAGAAGGCGGAAAUUAAAGCAAACGUUUGCGUAGCAUUGAUUAGACUUAUCGGAUCUACACUUGCUAUAAAUGAAAGAGAUGUUAUAUUUUCUAAAUUGCAAGCAAAUGUUGGAGUCGUAAUACCGUCUUGGAUUGGUUAA